GCUAGUGGACGGUGAAGGCAUCCUGUCUCUGCAGCAUCCUCCAGGUGACGUGGAGUCAUUCGCGUGUCCCCCUGAGUCUACAGCCCCCAGGGAAGUGAUCUCUGUUUACAUGCCUGUUUCCAAUGCAGCUGCUCGUAAGCCACCGUGGGGGUAAUGUGCUGUCUGUCUAGGGAAGACCGCAGAGAAGCAGGUUGGGCCUCCAGUCGGUAUCAGAAGCAGAGGCGACCGGAGAUGAUUAAUGAGGACAGACAUGCAGACGCACACCACAAGUCUGAGGAGGUGGAACCUCCCACUGAAGAACAUCCACAGGGCUUUGGGAUGAUCUACAAGAUCGAAGACGUGCCGCCCUGGUACUUGUGCAUCCUGCUGGGGCUACAGCACUACCUGACCUGCUUCAGUGGUACCAUCGCGGUGCCGUUCCUGCUGGCUGAAGCCAUGUGCGUGGGCCGGGACCAGUACGCCAUCAGCCAGCUGGUGGGAACCAUUUUCACCUGCGUGGGCAUCACCACGUUAAUCCAGACCACGCUGGGAGUCCGUUUGCCGCUUUUUCAGGCCAGCGCUUUCGCCUUCCUGAUCCCUGCUCAGGCCAUCAUGGGCCUUGACAGGUGGAAGUGUCCCCCGGAUGAGGAGGUGUACGGCAACUGGAGUAUGCCGCUGAACACCUCUCACGUCUGGCACCCCCGGAUCAGGGAGAUCCAGGGCGCCAUCAUGGUGUCCAGCGUGGUGGAGGUCCUCAUCGGCCUAGUCGGGCUCCCUGGGAUCCUGCUUAACUACAUCGGGCCCCUGACUGUCACCCCUACGGUGUCUCUCAUCGGCCUCUCCGUCUUCCAGACAGCCGGAGAACGUGCCGGAACGCACUGGGGCCUCUCCUUACUGUGUAUUUUCCUAAUCGUGGCCUUCGCCCAGUAUCUCAGAAACUGGUGCCUCCCCAUCCCCAUCUACUCCCGGAGGAAAGGUUGCACCACCGUCAAGGUCCAGAUCUUCAAGAUGUUUCCGAUCAUCAUGGCCAUUAUGCUGGUCUGGCUGCUCUGCUACAUCCUGACCCUGACGGAUAUGCUUCCCCAGGACCCCAGUCAGUACGGUCACAAGGCGCGCACGGACGCCCGCGGGGAUAUCAUGUCCUGGGCACCUUGGUUCCGCAUGCCAUACCCGUGUCAGUGGGGAUUGCCGACUGUGACCAUCGCCAGUGUGCUGGGUAUGUUCAGCGCUACUCUGGCAGGCAUCGUGGAGUCCAUCGGCGAUUACUAUGCCUGUGCCCGCCUGGCAGGGGCACCACCGCCCCCGGUCCACGCCAUAAACAGGGGCAUCUUCACAGAGGGGGUGUGCUGCAUCAUCGCAGGGCUGCUGGGCACCGGGAAUGGCUCCACCUCAUCCAGCCCCAACAUUGGGGUGCUGGGCAUCACUAAGGUAGGCAGCAGGAGGGUAGUGCAGUAUGGAGCCGGCAUCAUGCUGGUGCUGGGCACUGUGGGAAAGUUCACAGCCCUGUUCGCCGCCCUGCCCGACCCCAUCCUCGGAGGCAUGUUCUGCACCUUGUUUGGGAUGAUCACAGCAGUUGGGUUGUCUAACCUGCAGAGCGUGGACCUGAACUCCUCUAGGAAUCUCUUUGUCCUGGGAUUCUCUAUGUUCUUCGGGCUCAUGCUGCCCAAUUACUUGGACACGCACCCUGGCAGCAUCCGUACAGGAGUUCCCGAGCUGGACCAGAUCAUCACCGUGCUCCUGACUACUGAAAUGUUCGUGGGGGGGUCCCUGGCCUUUGUGCUGGACAACACCGUGCCAGGUACCAGGGAGGAGAGAGGCCUACUGGACUGGAAGGCAGACGAUCGUCCGUCCAGCCGGGCCGCCGUGUCCAUGUCCACCUACGACCUCCCCGUCGGCAUGGGCUGCGUGCGGCGGACUUCGCUUUUGCGCUACCUUCCCAUCAGCCCCACCUUCCAGGGCUUCCGCCGACGCCCGAGGAAGGACAGCGAGCAGGCGAGCGAGGAGGAUAGGGGCACACAAAACGGCGAGGCACCCCCAGGCCAUCCAGAGCUCACCGUUUCCUGUACCAAAGUAUAGCAGCUCAUUUUGUAAACAUUAUUAUUAUUAUUUUUUGGCUGCAUGUUCGGCAUCAUUUUGUACAGCAGAUAUUUCGUUAUCAUUGUUAUUUAAUGAUUCUGUUCUUAUGAAUAGGAAUAAUCAUCAAUCAUUCAAAUUUGUUCUACUUGAUAACAGGAAUAUGAUGUUAUAUAUUUUAUGCUACCAUAUUGCAGGCUUGUAAUAAUGGAUCCUGCUCUUAACGUCCCCUUUAAUAUCUCGUCUAAGUGCUUCCUGGUGUCUAACUGCUGCAGCCACGAGAAUCUGACUUCCUAGGUCACGUGUAGACCUGUGUGUAACCCGUAUGUACAGAGACAGACCCAAGAACAGGUUGCAUGAAGUGUAGUUCCUAUUUGCAUAAAAUUCACAAGGUUCACAAUUGAUAGCAAACAGCAUUGUUAUUAGCAAUUGUCACGAACGAGGUGUGCAUAUUUAUAAAAAUGUUUUUUAGAUUUGUUUUCUAUAUUUCUUAAAUAUCCAGAGAAAUUAUGCUGAGAAUGACGUGAACAACUUUGCUGUUUUACACACAAAUUAUCCAAAAAAAGUUGUUGCUUUUAAAAAGGAGUC